CUGCCCUACCCUUACCAGUAAACAGAGAGUGCGGCGCAGUCGUCGGGGACAGCCGCCGCCUGCUCCGUCGCCAUCGUCGGCGUCUCUUCUUCUCCGUGUCGUCAGUGAGAGGCUGCCAUUUGACAAUACGGUUCCGUGUGUGCGUUGACUGUUGCUGCAAUCAACGCAAUAUUGAUUCUGUUCCGUCAUCCAUCAUCCCAGCUGCAUUAUUGAUUCAGUUCUGUCUGCUGGCGAGACUUUGAAGUUGACACUAUGCAGAACAUCAACCGGAUCUCGAUCUCCAACACCACCAUGUCGAUGCUCUGCGUCAUGUUUGGACCCCAAGGUUGGGCAGACUUGCCAGAUGUGCUAUUGUGUUCCAUCAUGGUCCUGUUGGGUUCAAGCCGUGACCUUCUUGCAUUCAUCGCCACCUGCCCCAGUUGGCGUGCCGCGUUCAUGUCAAUGAAGCCUGCCUUAGACAUGAUCUUCCCACCUGUUAUUUUCCGGAACUGUGCCGACCAAACAAGCCCAGCUGGCUGCAACACUGGAAACACAUGGGAGCUUAUUGAUCUUGCCUAUCCAAGUACUCCAUUGCGUCGGUUGAGCCUCCCAAAUAUUUUGGACACAAUGGAAAUUCUGAAAUGUUCUUAUGGUCAUGCUAUCUUCUCCUCCGGCAGAUCCCAUGUAAUUAUGGACGUGCUCACUGGCACCACGGUUGCAGCUCCACCUUGCCCAUCCAUUCAGCUCUGCUAUAGAACAUUCGUAUCUCCAGAAGCGUCGCCGGAUUCAUAUCUAUUUGUCAGCAGCCCGCACUGCCUUUAUGCUUGGCGAGUUGGGAGCCCCUCAUGGUUGCACCGUGAUUUUUUAAAUGCACAUUUGAUUCAUGAGAUGGUGUCCUUCAAAGGGCGGGUCAUUGCGAGGAUACAGCAAAAGCUGUACAUCGUGCAUUUGGCACCUGAGCUUCAUGUUGAGGUACUAAGAGUUGCUUGCAGCGAUAAUAUAGACCCAUCCAAGCUUUCUCGAAAGUUGGUGGUUUGUGAAGAUAUGCUUCUCCUACUUGGUGGUAAUGAGAAAGCCUUCUCCAUCGACUUCUCGACUAAACCUGCAAAGUACGUGAGGGUGGCAGAUGGAGGCUUGUCGAAGUGGGCAUUCUUCUUCGGCGAGAAACCUAUUGGCCAGCCACGACUGUUGGUGAACCCAGAGAGGAUAGGGUUGAAGGGUGGCCAGGUAUACCAGCUGGAUCAAAAUGGCCGAGUAUUUUCAUACCCAGCAGAUGGCGAACAAGAUGGGGAGUGGGUUCCUGAACCUUGUUUUGUGACGAUCAACGCCCAUUUUGCUUGCAGUACGACAUCCUAUGCAUCUUGGGUAUGAGAUUGUGCUGAGCGGUUGUCUCCAUGUAGCUGCCUACAGAGGGGAACUUGAUGUUUUUGUUCAGUCGCUCCACGGGUAGAUGCUGUGUCGGGAGAUUGAUGAAGACUUUAAAAUUGUGUGUUUGUCAUCCUGUUCUCCAGGAGUCAGAAACUUGUGCUACCUAUUGUUGCAUCUGUUGAACCUUGUUGUGUACUUACAUUUUGGAUAAAAGAAACGGUGGUUUACAUCCUAAAA